CAUUCAAGUGGAUUCAUUUGAACACAAGAGCAAUCAAGAGAAGUUGGGAGACGGAAAGUCAAGAAAUUGGACGUGAACACAAGAAAUCUCAUUCCAUUCGGCUUGGUUGUGGAAUGAAUCCUCUUCUGUGGUUUUAAGCAUGUGUGAAACAUACAACAGAUUCUGGCCCUUGAUAGCGUGAGAUAUGUGAGCCACCCUGAUCGAGAAACACGUGACCUCUCCCAGAGAAACUCGUUGACACCAUGACCAAAUCCAAAUUGCGGCUUUUGAGCCAGAAGAAGAGCAGCAAGUGCUCCAACCAACAACUCUUGGCCUUUGGGUUGGCCUUUGUAGUGAUUUACGUGCUGUGUUCAGCCAGUGCUCAGGAGCUGAAACCUGACCCCACAUGUGUGUGUGAUCCCCUCUGUCAGAUUUAUCCUAAUGAGUUGCAGCCCAAUUCCUGUGAGCUGCAAGUACCUCGAAGUGAUUGCCCGUGUUGUCGGGUUUGUGCGGGUGAGGCGGGUGAACCCUGUCAUCCUAUUAGUCAACCUUGCGAUGCAUCCCAAGGUUUGGAAUGUCAGCCUGACUCGAAAACUUGCCAAGUGGGCAAUGUGACCGUUUGUAACUUUGAGGGAGAAGUUCACCCCAUGGGUCACAGGUUUGCCACUUCGAACUGCGAAUUGAUGUGCCAUUGUAUGGAGAAUGGAGCCACGGUCUGCUCGCCGAUGGAAUGCAGACCAGGAUUCGUCAGGUCCGGAACACAAGACGACGAUCCGUUUUGUUCAGAGUCAUCUGUGGAUCCGGAUAAUGAGUGUUGUUCUUUGGUGCGUUGUUCCACCUCACCCCCGUCAGAUUUGAUCUUAGACCAGAAGGUCUCGGGAACCCAGAACAAAUUUUCCGUUGAAGAGGCCCCACCUUCAUCGUCAUCGUCAUCGACGUCGUCGUCGUCCACUUCCUCCCGAGAAGGAUUCAUCGUUGAAUCAACUCCUCAGACCGGUCGGAUUUUGUUUCCAACGUCUGCCAAUGAACCGUCAUCACCUUCAACCACAACUAUCACAGUGUCAGAGACUGACGAGCCCAUCACCCUAACCGACUUGUUCGAGUCGUCGACCCAAUCGGAUCAGAAUGCAUCCUCUGGUCCCGCGGAACCUGCGUUGGUGCGACCCCCGACAUACCAAGGUGUCAACCUGGAGUUCCUCCAGAUUACGCCCACCUCGAUCCAAGUCCAAUUCCCUGGGAUCACGGGCGGUAAUCUCAUGUAUGUCGAGGAACGGCUCUAUCGCGGUGGAAAAUCCAGCCUUCACUCAGAGACUCCGUGGGAGAACGCGAUCAUCUUGGAAGGCAACAAGAUCUUCACCCUCACGGGCAUGACUCCUGGCACCAGAUAUCGCUUGCGUUGGCAGACCCCCGAUCGUCAAUACCCGGAUGUGAUGGUGUCAACCCAUUCUUACAAUGCCAAACAACCCAAAGUGAUUAUCACCGGCAAGACCUUCGACAGUGUGACUCUGUCGUUCGACCAUUUCGCUCCGGAUGACUACCAAUAUGGUUAUGUUGCCAUGUACAAGGAGAGGAAAGAAGGGAGUCGUUGGCAAAGCCAAGAGGGAAUGGGGACGGCGGAUUUGAAUGGUUUCGACCUUCCUUCAAUAACCAUUCGAGGUCUUGAACCCAACAAGAAGUAUACAGCCAGGAUUGCCAUCUACGAAGAUUUCUCCCUCCGAAGCUUUGGCAAAUCCACGGGAACCAUCGAUUUUGUCACAGAUUUGGGAUGCAUGCACGAGGGAUUAAGUUAUCCGGUGGGAAUCUUUACUUUGGGUUGUGAAGCCACAUGUCAAUGCAAUCGAGAUGGCUCUGUGGCUUGUAGUGAUCGUUGUGAACCUCCUCUCCAUCGAUCCGGAGCUUGGGCCAAUGAUCCACUCUGUGUGGAACAAUUCGUGGAUGGGGAUGACUGCUGUGUGGUGAUCACUUGCGCCGGGAACGCUGAGGGCGAGAACCCCGAAGGUCCUUGUAGUGGAAUCACAUGUGGUCCAAAUGCCGAAUGCCGCCAUGAAGUAUUUCGAGGGGAGCAAGCGGCCGAAACCAUUUGCGUUUGCAAAGAUGGCUUCACCGGGGACCCCGAUAGUGAAGUGGGCUGCUCGACGGCCAACAGGCUCGGUUCAAAUCCCUCCUCCGCCUCUCUUGGACAGAAUGGGACCCAAUCGGGUUGUCUCGAAAAAGGCAACUUCUUCACCGUGGGCGAGGAAUGGGCCGAUGGUUGCGAGUACAUGUGCUCGUGCUCCGAAAAACUGGAGGUGGUUUGCCAACCAAGGUGUAAACCAUUGCCUGUGGCCACCGAGGAGAAAUGUGAACUUCGACCUGACACCGAGGACGAAUGUUGUAAGGUCAUGUAUUGUCCGGAUCCCAGUGCGAUUGGGGAUCAAGAUCUAAAACCAGUGGCUUUGCCAUUUGAUGGUUGUGAGUUCAAGAAUGAGUCCUACAACCAAGGCGAGCGGUUCUAUGAUGGAUGUGAGCAGCAGUGUCAGUGCAUGGGUUACGGGGAUAUGGUUUGUUUGUCCCGAUGCCCGCCCACGGCUCCGGCUCCCGGGCAAAAUUGUUACACUCUUCCGGAUGCUUCCGACCCUUGUUGCAAUAUCACUGUGUGCGACAAGCCCAUUUUGGACCCAUCCCAAAAUGUGGCCAAAGAGGAUAUCACCAUUGAAGAGGUGUUGAAAGACGGGAGUGCAAUUGGUUCUACCACUCAAGUUCCAUCAUUAGAGGACAUUGUGACUGAGACAGAGAACUUCGAUGAACUGUCCGUCACAAUUGAGGGAAUCACCAAUCCACUCAAGGAAGCUCGAAUUGUGAACGCCCCCGAAUUUGCCCAACUCAUCCCAGGACUCCCUUACACGGGUCUCCACUUGGGGGACUUCCCAAACUCUGCCAAUAACGGAAUUUCUGGGAAGAUUUUCGCCCUCAACGAGACGGCUUUGUUGCUCCAGGACUUUACAUAUGAUGGGAACGGUCCGGAUGUGGUCUUUUUGGCUCAGACAGAUUCAUCUAGUGCCUUUCCAAAGGGAUCGACUAUUCUGCCAUACCCGUUCAACGGGGAGUUUUUCGACUACGUUGACCGGAACGUCCCUAUUUUGGGCGAGUUGGAUGGAAGCCAGGGGCCCAUUAUUCUUCCCUUACCCCCGAAAGCAACCGUUGACCAACUGCAGAAACUGUCCAUUUGGUCCAAGGCUUUGAAUCAAAGUCUUGAGGACGCCAUCUGGGUCCAGAGUCACGGUGUCCAUUCUGACAGUCCGUCAACCACUGAGAUCGCUGUGGAGGAGUCGGUACAUUCUCAGGAAAUCCACUUAGAAUCCUCGGAGGUCACCAUUCCGCCUCCUUCUCCAUCAUCCGUGUGUCUGUUCAAGAAUGAGGCCCAUGAGUUGGGCUCUGAAUUCCAUGAUGGCUGCGAUGCGUUUUGCAUGUGCGCACCCAACGGAGAAGUCAUUUGCCAUAAGAUCAAAUGUCCCUCCAAAUUUGGAUUGGAUGUGAUCAACCCGUUUUGUUUGGAAUGGGACGAGCACAAAGACUUUGUUCCAUUGGCUCCAAUGUGCUGCCCGCCAGUUCCGGUUUGCAAGAACGACGGAUCCUGUUUGUACCAAGGACAGAAAUUCAACAACUACGAUAAUAUCCCAGCAAAUAUGACUGGUUGCGAGGAUCGAUGUUAUUGCGAAAAUAGCGAAGUGCUUUGCCAAAAGGCAUGUUACGACCUCGAGCCCAACCCCCCGAAUUAUUUGUCGUGCAAUUCAGCCAUCGCCAUUAAAAUUCCUCAAGAGGAACGCCCGUGUUGCCUUCAAUGGGGAUGUCCAGAUUUGGCAGACCUACCGAAGAAAUUGGACUCGGUGGAAACUGAAGCUCUUAAUUCCACCUCGUUGAUGUUUAAUUUGAAGGUACCGAGGAUCCUAGAUGGCAUGAUGGGUUACUAUGAGAUUUUCUACACCUCUGGAUUCAAUGGUCAUCCGGAUCCAAAUCAAUGGCCCAAGACUAUAAUAACUCCCCCCGGAGGUAAAUUAAUGGUUUCGGACAACGAAGAAGCCAGUUUGAUAUUGUCUGAGCUCUUGCCCAAUCAGCAAUAUUUCCUACGAGUUGAUGUCCAUGUCCGCAAAGAUGAUGAACCUGGAGAGAUAAUAAUUUCAAGCGAUGUCAAAUCGGCCAAAACACUGCCCGUGGAAGUCGUGGAACCUGAGACAUCUAUUGUUCCCAUAAAUGUUGAUUUAGCUAUUAAGGACAUCACCUCUGGCUCCGCUUUCGUAUCGUGGAGAAUUUUCUCUGCCGAGGAGAAGAAAUCGAUCGAUGGCGUGCAAAUCAGGUUUGUGAUCUUGAAUGGCGAUGGUUCCCCAGGAUCUGGAGUUCCUGGAACUUCACCCUUCAUCCACAGGGACACGAACUUCUUCUCCUUGGAGGAUUUGAAAUCAGACACAGAAUACGAAAUUGAUCUUUAUAUCAUACCAAUGCCCAAGAGUAAAAAGGAAUUUAUCUCGGAGAAGAGCCAGGUUUUCCGAACCGAGAAGCCCGAACUCGAUCCUUAUCAAUUCACGGUCCAUCUGAACCCUGGCCGAGUGAGUGGGAAUUCGCUCGAACUGGUUUGGUCGGGAAUUCCGAGCCCACACCAGAAGUAUGUCAAUUUGUACCGUAUUCUGUACGCCGAGGACGCGGGUGAGCCGCAUCACCCGCACUUGAAUGCGGUCGAGACGCAAUCCGUUUUUAAGAUUGCCAAGAUUGACGCUAACAAGUCGGUUGUAUUGUCGAAUCUGAAACCCGAGACAAAGUACCAAGUUUGGUUGGAGGCAUAUCUUCGAAACGGCAAAGUGUUUCAGUCCAAUGUAGUGGAUCUUAAAACCACUAAUGAAGCGGAUCCAAGAGAAAUGGCCUCUCCCAGCCGAGGAUCUUCUUCAUCAACCUCGCCAGGAAAUAGCUCGAAUUCCUUGGACGGCGAUUCCUACUACAAUGCAAUGGUCGUGGCCGCCAUCGUAGCGGCCUUUGCUCUCCUGGCCUUAUUCGUUGUCACAGCCUUAUAUUUAAAGAGAACUACGACUUAUAAGGCCAUCAUAUCAGGUCACGGUGGCAAAGGCCAUUCUUCCGUAGCUACGAAUGAUCGUCCGUCGAAGGCUCGAAGGGCACAGAACAUGGAGAAUGGAAAUAGCUUCGAAAUGAACGGAGUCAAUGGAAGCAGUAAGAAGGUGUAGAAAAAAUGCUGACUACCUCCUUUCCCCAAGGUUUAUGGAUCCGUUUACGAUUUAAUUGAUGUGACUUGUAUUGAACAUAAUCACCAGUGCUGUGAACUAAAGACGACUUUGCCGCCUUGAUGGCCUAAGCAGACUUUGCCUUCCCGAAGAAAGAAUCAAAAUCAAGUGCGAACCACCCUGUAAAAAUAGUCCGCCAGUGUCCAGUUGCCAAGACAUCCCAUACAGAACAAGAGAUCCACUCGGAAGUAUCUCAUGCCAAGAUGUGAUAAAUCUAUCUAGCAUUUCCAAUUCAUUACCAAUGCUGUUACAUGCUUAUUUCCUCGUUUUUUUGCCAUUUCAUUCUGGCGGUCUCUGUGACCGUAAUCUAUUAGUAACAAUCUUGUAUCCCCUCUGUCCUAUGAAUAAACGUCAACUUCCCAGAUUGACUGGAAAAGGA